UGGUUCUGUAUUCGAGUUAUCGGCCACGUCAGUAACAACCUACCUGGCUUCGGACUCAAAUAUGACGAAUAAUUUUUAGUGAUGUUUUACUAAUAGUAGUUUGGUGUGAUCUAGACUAGAUCAAGUUUUCACAGGGCACAAUUUUUAAAUAUUUAAUAGAAAAUUGAGUUCCACUAGAUAUUCUCACCUCUAAAACAAAUAAAAUAUUGUUAGCUGAGCUGUAUAAUAUUGGGUAGCUGAGCCAAGUGCAACAGGUCUCAAAAGAAAAUGCUUCUCACUAUGAUAGCCAGAGUAGCAGAUGGGUUGCCACUGUCAGCCUCUGUACAAGAAGAUGAACAGUCUGGUCGCAACCUAGUAGAAUAUCAAACGCAAGCUAAACAGUUGUUUAAAAAAUUAUCUCAGGAUCCCAAUCCUCCUCCCAGAUGUACUUUAGAAACAUCUCAUUAUUUAUUCCAUUACAUGAUAGAAAGAGGUGUGUGUUACCUAGUUUUGUGUGAGAAAACUUUCUCCAAGAGAUUAGCCUUCUCUUACAUGGAGGAUUUACAGAAUGAAUUCACAGCCCAGUAUGGUUCAAGACUUGACACUGUGUCUCGACCUUAUUCAUUCAUUGAAUUUGAUACAUACAUGCAGAAAGCUCGUAAAUCGUAUAUGGAUUCUAGAGCUCGGCGUAAUUUAGGUCAAAUUAAUACAGAGCUCCAAGAUGUACAAAGAAUUAUGGUACAGAAUAUUGAUGAGGUUUUAAUGAGAGGGGAAGCUUUAUCAGUUUUGGACACCAAAGCCAGCAACUUGUCUACUCAGUCACAGAAGUACAAGAAAGAUGCCAGAUAUUUAAACCUUAGGUCCUCCUACCUUAAAGUAGCUGCUGUCAUUAUUUUAGUUGUGCUCUUCCUGCUCUUCAUUCGCUACUGGAUCUUGUGAAGACUCUUGCUAAAUUCAUGUAGACUAGUCAACAAUUUGUUGAGGUAUUGAAUGUUGGUUAUAGCUGAUGCUCAUACAUUUUUAAUGAGAGAUUGGAAUUAAUUUUUUGAACCAUUGUUUUUAACAUGUUAUAACUGUUAGCUGAUAAUUUUGUAUGAACAUUUUUUUUUUUUUCUGUAGUGAGGAACUUUUUGGCUUUAGAAAUAUGCAUUUGAGCAUACAAGUCUUCAAAAACACUGCACACCAUUACAUAUGAGCUUUUUGACAGUUUGCAACCACUUUUAUAAAGUGAUUUUUUUGUUUCUUCAUAAAAAUGUUACAUUUAUUUGGCAGAGGAGAAGCCUGUACAUAUAAACUUGAUGACUUGUGUAUAGUGUUGAAUGAUAAAAUUGUGUUGUUUUGUCUGUAUGUAGCAUUGUCUCCUUCAUUAUUGUCAGGUGAUCACAGUUAUUUUUAUAAGAAGUUCUUCAUUUUAAAAUAGGACUUAAAGGAGCUGAGUUUAUGACUAGCUUUCCCCCCCCCCUCCCCCAGGUCAUGUAAAAACUUCUUGAUCUUCCUGGGCUGGAGAAAUUUCAGUAACACACAAAGUUAUUUAAUUUACUUAAGAUUUAUAUAGCAACUGACAAUAUUGAGAGGUCAUACAUUUUACUAAAAAAAGAUUAGGUUUAAUUAAGUAAAUUAUCAUUUAUUCUGCUGAGUUAUAAUUAUAAGCACUGUUUAGUAAUUACACAUGCAUAUGUUAUUUGACCAGUGCUAGUCUUUAUCUAUCUAAAAUGGUUGUGUGUAAGAAAAAUGUAUGCUAGCAAUUUUAAAAUUAAUCACACGUUUUCUUGUCAGUCAAGAUUGUCCUUUUGUUUUCUUUAUGUUAUUUAACAUGUGAUUGUAAUAACUGCUAUUUAAUUAAAACCUGCAAGAACUU